AUGGGAGAUUUACAACGAAAAGGUAAAACUGCAUAUAACACAUGGACCUCACAAGAGAGUAAUCAGUUGUUGGAAUUGAUGGUUGAUGCUGCUAAUCAUAGAUGGCGUGAUAACAAUGGUGCAUUUAGCAAACUAACUAUGGAAAGUAAGAUACUUCCUAAGCUAAAUGAAGAACUUGGAUGUAAUAAAAAUUAUACUCAGUAUCAGAGUUUCUUGAAAUGGUUUAAAACGCGUUAUCAAACAUUUUCUCAACUCAUGGGUUUCAACUCUGGUUUUGGAUGGAAUGCAGCCACACAAAGAUUCAUUGCCAUAGAUGAAAUAUGGGAUAAUUACUUUAAGAAACACCUUCGAACAGACACUUUUGCUGACUUUGAGGAUUUAAAAAUUGCUAUUGGAGAUGGAACUACUAUUGGAAAAAGCUCUAUUGGAUUGGGAGACGAUACAGAUGCAAGAAUUUAUAGACAAGAUGAAAGUACAAAUGGUAGGAUAGAUGACUAUGUAUAUGAUGAGAUUAACGAGGUAUAUGUUCCAACUCAACUCGAUCCAUCAUGCCAAGCACCUUCACCUGGACAUAAUGAACCAUCAAUAUCAGAGUUCAAUCCAAAUUUAGAAGUUCUUAUGUAA